AUCACAUCAGGCGGCGUUCUCCUCAUAGAAAUGCUGCGGGAAAGAGCGGCGGCCCCAGUGCAUCUACGGAGUGGCAACUUCCUUGAAGUUCACGCCGUGCGCCGCUCUUCAUUUUUCUAGCCGAACAUAAUAGACCACGCCCCCUCCCCGUUCAGUCUCAGUGCCCAAUGAAGAGAGGAGCUUAGUCCGAGUCACGCCCCGCUCGCCAACCAGAGGAGGUCCCGAACGCGACCGCCCCGCCUAUGGGGGCGUGGCUGUGUGAAGCCGACAAACCAAUCAACGAGGACUGGCGGAACCCGAGAGGAAGUGACGCAAAGCCAGCUGCUGUCGCUGUCAAGAACCCGGAUGAUUUUGGGGGUGAAUAGGCGGAGAUGGGUGAGUUUUGGGUGCUGAGUUUAUUACCUUUCCCCAGGUGAGAGGGGCUGUUUCUUCCUGCUGGGCAGCUGACCAGGCUGGUUUCUUAACUGCAAAAGCAAGCAGCCUUCCAGUAUCCUAAAUUUUAGAUAGCUAGAGAAUAUAAAUAUAAUUCUUUAUAUAAUGUUAUAGGAGAGGGAAGGUGGGGAAGAGAUAUUUGUUGCAUGUCAGCUUUCGUGGGCUAAAGCGAGGAAGCGUUGCCCUCAAGGGGGGAGAGAUGCUACAACUCCCCUCAGCCCUGGUCCUGCUGGCCAGGGGGGCAGAAGCAUCGGGGGAACCGAGGUUGGGACAGGCUGAGUUCUAAGUUCCUGGAGGGGAACCUGUGGCCUUUUAAAUUUGGCAUUCCAACUCGUCAGCUGGCAUACUGAAUGGCUGUGGAUGAUGGGAGUUGCAGUUCAGCAACAGGAAUAGUAAUAAUUGGUGGUGGCGGUGAUGAUGACGAUGACAACAACAACUUAUGAGCCCAUAAGAAGCCCAUAAGGGUAGGGUAUAAAGGCUGUAAAGAAACAUCUUUUAUGGCCCAGGCUUCUCUCCCCUUUCCUGUAGAUAGGAACCCCCACGAUCUCAGAUUUUCUGUGUCAGAUGACAGCACUUCUAAACAUUCCCUUUCUCUGAGCUCUCUGAUGUUAGAUUAGUUUUAAUGUGGAAGCUGUUGCGUGUCUGUUUACCUGGUUCUGCGUUCCGUGAUUAGGGGGCAAAAGCUAACUAAAAGCUAGUAAAGCAAGAUGUUUUAAGGUAUUUGUGUGCAAACUGUUAUUUUUAUUUUUAAAAUGUAUUUUUUAUUAAAGAUUUCUUGGUUUACAAAAGUAUGUGCAAUGUCUCUUUUUUCAAGUGUGCAAACUGUUAUUAACUUACAAAUAUCUACCACUCUUUUGGCCUUUUUAUCUUUUGUAUAAGUUGUAGAUAUUCAGCCAGAUUGCCUUGGGCUUUAUUGUGGAAGAACAGCAGAAUUUAUAAAUGGGACUGAAAUCCAUGGCGAUUGUGGGGUAAGUAGAGGAUUGUGAAGAGACACUUGAGUAUUUGAAGCUGGCACAGUAUAAUGUUUUUGCUGCUAUUAUCCAACCAUUAGUGGGUUUGGCUGGGGAAAGGAUGGCCUGAAUACAUCUUGGGCUCAACGAAACUGCUUGCACAUUAUUCAGUCCCUUUCAUUUGUCUGCAUCCCUUUCCCAAGCCAUUUUGUGUGUGUGCAAAACGUUAAUAAAUAUCUUUAUAAAACAAUAUGUGAUUAAACUCUCCAGGUGUGUCCAAGAGGGCAAAGGACAGACGCCCACAAAAUCUGUCGGCCAUGUAUGGGAUCUCCAGAACGCUAUGAUUGGCUUUACCUUGGCUUUAUGGCAAUGCUUCCUCUGAUUUUGCAUUGGUUCUUCAUUGAAUGGUAUUCAGGGAAAAAGAGGUAAAUGUUUCCUAAGCCCUGUUCAAACAAGAAACUGAAUGUAACUUUUGAAUCUAAAUGUGCACUUACCUUGCCAUUGAAGGUGCUGGGGAGGAACCAACUACUCUGCAAGUUGGAGGAUUGUUUACCUGGCUUUGGGAAGGCAGCACAAGGGCUCUGGGAUGCUAACAGCCCUCAUGCCUCCUUCCCUAAUUUGGGUGUCUCGCUUACCUGGCUUUGGGAGGGUGGUGAGAGGGCUCUGGGAUGCUACCAGAGCCUUUGUGCUGCCUUCCCAAAGCUGGGUAUAGCCAUGAUCAGAGUUGUGCAUGGGUGAGACGGUGGGAAUAAAUAAAUGGAGUGGGUUUCUUCUGCUCUUCUUUUAUUUAUUCUCUCCCACCCACUCAAAGCUGCAAUUGCACAAGUCUAACAAGAUACAAAUUACCUGCACUGAUUUUGAUUCCUUCUUUUCCCUCUUUCCAGCUCCAGUGCUCUGUUCCAGCACAUCACUGCUUUAAUCGAAUGCAGUGUGGCAGCCAUCGUUACUCUGCUUGUGAGUGACCCCCUGGGCUCCUUGCAUAUCCGCUCCUGCAAGGUGGUGAUGCUUUCUGACUGGUACACCAUGCUCUACAACCCGAGUCCUGAUUACAUUACCACUAUUCAUUGUACCCACGAAGCAGUCUACCCUCUGUGAGUAUCUUUUCUGUGGCCUUGUCUGUGAGAUUGCAAACCAUGGCUUAGAAUGAACGCAUCGGCCUCCUUGGUCAUUUCAGCUCCAUACUGCAACUAAGCCAAGGUUCAGGUUAGCAUGUCAUCUGAACCUGGGGUCAUGCUCAGAGGAAUCAUGGAAUUGUACAGCUGGAAGGGAUCCCAAUAAUCAUCUAGUUCAACCCGCAACUGUUCCCGAAAGAAGAAGAAGAAGAAGAAGAGAAGUUUGGAUUUGAUAUCCCGCCUUUCACUCCCUUUAAGGAGUCUCAAAGCGGCUAACAUUCUCCUUUCCCUUCCUCCCCCACAACAAACACUCUGUGAGGUGAGUGGGGCUGAGAGACUUCAAAGAAGUGUGACUGGCCCAAGGUCACCCAGCAGCUGCAUGUGGAGGAGCGAACCCGGUUCCCCAGAUUACAAGACUACCGCUCUUAACCACUACACCACACUGGCUCUCCAAGAUCGAACCAAGGACCUUUAGAGCUUCAGUCUAAGACCUUCCCAACUGUGGUUAAGUCCCCUCCAUAACCACAACCUGCAGCCAAAUUUUGUUCUUGGCUUAGCUGCUGUGCCAUGCUGAGCUAAAGGGACCAGGAAAAGAACAAAGCAGGUGUGAUCUCCUCUCUGGGAGCAAACACAUUUAAGCUGUCCCAGUAAGCCAUACUUUGACAUGGUGAACAUGCCUAUGACCAAGAGGAAUGGUUAAGCCCCUCCCUCCCUGUUGCUCACAUGUAUCUCCAGGGCAGUGGAAGAAAAUGAAUGGGAAUAAGACGCUACUGUGCAUUUGUGCUGGAGGGAAAAUAAGGAUAGGAAAUAAGAUAAAGAGGAAAUUAUGCAGAUUGCCAUGACUUGAGGUACAAGAUCGCCAGGGCCUGGAUUUGUGGGCCAGGAGGGCAUAAGAAAGUAGCAGACAGUGUUGAUGUGAAGAAACAGCAUCAUAGCAAGGAUUUUGCAUAAUGGAGGGGGGCAAGUAUAGAACUUGUGGCAUUUAUGUGUCUUGUGUUUGUUGGCCAUAUCAAGAGUGAGGUGUGAAGUUUUUGGCACUACUGUGCUCUAAUAUAAACAAUUCUCUCUUCCAGGUACACUAUUGUAUUUAUAUACUAUGCCUUUUGUUUGGUGUUGAUGAUGAUGCUUCGACCCCUUUUGGUGAAGAAGAUUGCUUGUGGGCUAGGGAAGUCUGAUCGAUUUAAGAGCAUUUACGCAGCUCUCUACUUCUUCCCAAUCCUAACUGUGCUUCAAGCGGUUGGAGGCGGCUUGCUCUGUAAGUCACCUUUAUUUUCCACCCCCUCACUUUCCCCUCUGCACAUCCAGUGGAACAAACCAGGUAGUUGCACCUAACAUGCAAACCAAGAACUGUGGUUAAUGGCUUCCAAACAAGCCACAUUUGGAAGCUAACUUUCAGUUUAAUCUGGCAUGUUUGGAAGCUGUUAACCAUAGCUCAUGAAUAUCCUGGAUUAUUAAAGCAGGAUUUGACUGUCUGAGUGUGGCAGCUGCCUAAGGACCAUUUCACCCUGUGAGCUGAGCACUGUUCAUACCACUCACGUUUGGUUACUACAAGGAUACAGAAUUUUAUUAUAUCUUAUUUCUAUCCAACCUUUCCCCCCACUCUGGCACUGGGUAGAAGACUGAUAGAACUCAGUGGGACUUACUUUUGAGUAGGCAUGCUCAGGAUUGCACCCCAUAACAACUAUUUAUAGCUUCUGCGUGACUGGUGCGGUAAAAUUGUGUUGGUGUGUCAAUGUAACGUACAACUGUUUUCUUCCAGACUAUGCUUUCCCUUAUAUCAUCAUAGUGUUAUCUCUCGUCACCCUGGUUGUGUAUCUGUCAGCUUCCGAAGUAGAUGUAAGUAAAACACUGUUUCAUUUUAAAAUAUAUACUUUUUAAAAAGUGACCUACAACUGAAGGGAGAAAAUGGGAAAACAAAGGAAAUGGUCAGCAAUAAGUGAAUGAAAUUCCUUGGGCUAUUCCGCCGGGGAUUCCACUCUCCCACCCCCACCCCCACCCCGGGUUGGCAAAGAGGUCUAUCCUGCCAUUCUUUAAUUGUUUUAUCUUCAAAAGCCUGAGACAGCUAAAGUCUUUCUGCUUGUUUAGAUUUGUGAGGGGGCUCUGAUCAGCAUUCUGAACAGUCAGCAUAUCAGGAGAGGCAUAGAAUCAUAGAAUCAUAGAGUUGGAAGAGACCACAAGGGCCAUCGAGUCCAACCCCCUGCCAAGCUUAAGAACUAGCUGGGGAAAAGCAGCCGUAGUUAUUGUAGAAGAAUCCUUCCUCGUCAGUAUUCUUGCCUGGCUUUUCAAAGAAGCUGUUCCCUGCCUGAUGUCGCCCGACUAUUUUAAUCUUUAGGCAAAGAUUUCUGGGUGGGGUUGCACCAAUUAUUAAAACAGCAAAUGCAAAUAAAGAGUGAACGACAAAAUAAUAAUCUUACACAUGGUGCCAAAAUGAAGAGGGUUGGUAUCAGGUGGGUCUCUUGAGGAAUGAGCAUUCCACAAGCAGGAUGCUGCUAUGGAGAAGGGCUUAAGCAAAGGCAUCUGUAACUGCUGCAACUGCUAAGUGGCUUCUUUUAAAGGAGAGCAGCAACUAUUAGUGCGAAAGAGGAUGGGUUGAUAUUGGGGAAUGUGUGUGUGCCUGUUUCCCCUCCUUCAGAGAGAAUAAUGAACAGUGGACCCUCUCCUGCCUUUCCAGUUAGGGGUUUGUUUGUUUGUUUCAUAAAAUUUGUACACCCCUUGAUGGCCAAAAGAAAACUCUGAAAGCAGUUCACGGAAAAAGAUAAAAUUAUCAGUAUGAAAAAUUAAUAAUGAUCUAAAACUUUUUAAAAGUUAAAGUAGCAGUGGAUUGAAACUUGUGCCAACUUUCUAAAGAUGUGGGCAGGCUUGUCUGGACAAAAAUAUUUUUAGGUAAAGGGACCCCUGACCAUUAGGUCCAGUCGUGACUGACUCUGGGGUUGCGGUGCUCAUCUCGCUUUAUUGGCCGAGGGAGCCAGCAUAUAGCUUCCAGGUCAUGUGGCCAGCAUGACUAGCCGCUUCUGGAGAACCAGAGCAGCGCACAGAAACGCCGUUUACCUUCCCACUGGAGCGGUACCUAUUUAUCUACUUGCACUUUGAUGUGCUUUCAAACUGCUAGGUUGGCAGGAGCAGGGACCGAGCAACGGGAGCUCACCCUGUCGCGGGGAUUCGAACCGCCGACCUUCUGAUCAGCAAGUCCUAGGCUCUGUGGUUUAACCCACAGCGCCACCCGCGUCCCAAAAUUUUUAGCAGGUGCCAAAAGGAGCACAGUGAAGGGGCCUGCCUGAUGGCAAUGGGCAGAGAGUUCCAAAGUGUAGGUGCUACCGCACGAAAAGACCAAGUUAUUACAAAUGCGAAACGGGGUAUUAUGUGGCACCUGCAAUUGUGCCAUUCCCUUCCUCAGAGCUCUCCCAAAAAUAUGAUAGAGAAACUAAGAACGGCUUAGUUCAGAUAACUCUCUCCACCAAGAUACAAGAUAAAAGGAGAGGCUUCAAAAGGCACCUUGAUUUCAUUCUGCCCCUUUCUGAAAUCUCUGCGUUAGCCUCAGACAAUGUCUGUGUAAAAACUAACGGCAACAUCUUGUCUCCUGUUUUACAAGACUUUCAAGGAUCUCCUUGUCAGGAAGAAAAGGCUCAUUGUUCUGUUCAGCCACUGGCUCCUGCACGCCUACGGGAUCAUCUCCAUCUCCAAGCUGAACAACGUCUACCAAGACUUGCCCCUGCUGGCUUUGGUGCCGGCACCUGCUCUUUUUUACUUGCUUACUGCAAAGUACACGGAUCCUUCGCGGAUACUCUCCGAUGGAGCAAACGGACGUUGAGCCAAGAAUCCAGCGUUGUAGGCUGAGGUUCUCUGGAGCCCAGCCAUCGUUCCCCUCUUAUAGGAAGCUGUCAGUUCUCUUAUCAGCCAGCUUUCAGGUAAAGUUUCUUUAGGAUCAAGGCUUAGUCCCCCCACAUCAGCUCGAUUCUAUCCUCCUAAGCAACAUCUGGAUGCACCUGUGCAUGUAAUGCCUUAGAAGUGUUCCAUUAGCCAAAGGAGCCAGAGUCACCCGUUGGUGAAGGAUCAAGGCCCGUCCCCUAUAAAUAUGUUUAUUAUUUGCCCAUUUGUGCGAACGUGAAACAUUUUGUACAGCGUAUCUAGAAACAGUGUAACUUUUAUUUCUGAGUGCAGUAUUUUAUCACGUCUUUGAAGAAUGAUAUGUAGAAGAAUAAAGCUCAGUGUUCCAACUUCAGUCCACAGCUUUU